CAAGUUGAUGGUUGCGUGUUGCUGCAAGAAACAGCCCCUGAGGACGGUGAGUUUUAUGUUGUUGCAGAAGGCUCCAGUAUUACUCACGUGACCACCGCAAAAAGAGGCAGCGACGAGCGGAGUCUUUGUUUCACCGUUCCAGGUCACGAUCGCAUGGAAGUUGUCUCCGUCACAGCCUACAUCUCCACGAACAAUGGAGUUUAUCCUUAUGGGUGUACAGCUUUCCUUCAAUACUUUAGGGAUACUGCUCAGGAUGCAGCAGAGUACCUUAGGGGGGACAGGGACCAGCUUGCCCCUCAGAGCUAUCGGGAAGUCUUGAGGAGGUUUCCUCUGUUGGCGCAGGCAGCUGACCAGGAGAUCUGUGGACUGUUAGAGUUCAGAGAAAUGGAGACCCAGCUCAGAGGAAGUUCAGGGGAUAAUGUUGACCUGAAGCAUCUGGAUGAGAAGAUCACUCUGGCCCUGGCUAACAUGGAAUACCCUCAGCAGUGGAAAAACUCUGACAGGGAGCAAGGAGAAGGUCAUGAACAUCAUCACAAAGAAGCCCUCCUCCGCCUUGCUGUCCGCUUGCAUUUGGUCCACCUCACUUGCUUCCUAAUUCACCAAACUGCAGGCCAAACAUUGCCGAGCUUACCCAACGAGGAAGGGGAAACUCCACUCCAGCUGGCUCAGGGGGACAGAUUUAAUUCCACCUUCAGGGACCUGGCAGUUCCCUCUGAGGCUCCCGUAGGCCCUCCUCCGGGUGUUUUCUGUCUGUGGGCUGACAGCUCCUGCAUGUUGAGGUUUUGUCCAGGAACAGAGUCUGUUUUCCUCACUCUGCGACAGGCUCCCGUUGGCUGCCCCCAGGACGCCAUUAUGGUUCUCAGAGAAAAACUGGAAGACCACAGAAUCUGCAGACAGAUCAACGGUCUGAGAAGGAAACACAAGAAGUGCCACAAAAAUGAAGCUCAUCUGGAUGAUCAAAGUGGGACCAAGGAGCUUCAAGUAGAUGGGAAAGAGAUGGUGGACAACGUUUUUGAAGAUUUGAGGACGUUGUUUUUAAUCGACACCGAUAGCGAAGAGGAAAACUCGUCGUCGCUUCCUGGUAAUUCUUCCCCCUUCUACUCCUGAUUUAGAUGUAUUCAUCCCACUCCCUGAGCUUCUUCCAUUUUACCACAACAACCUAAUAUUCCCGUCUCUGUCUGAAAUGACAAACAGCUAAGCCCUAAAAGAACACAACAACAUUUUUGUGGCUGCAGAGAACAGCGGGGGUGUAGGAACAGUACACCGUCACCGGCUGGAAUCCUUUUUUUAUUUUAGGACUGGCGCGAUGUGCAACCGGGCUUCUGUUUUGAAUCACAUCACUGGAAAUCAAUACAGCUACUGUUUUGCAGCCGCAGAGAGGGAUGCGCUCCUGCCUGACUUGCAGUGGUUGGUGGAUCUAGAAGCCUGUUCUGGUCGUGUCCAGCCUGCUCGGACUCCACAACGAGUCGUUUUCCAGAGUCCAGGAAUCUGCCCCAUCACCGGGACAAAGAUGGGAAUGGGGUCAGACUUGUCCCACUCAGAAUCAGUCUGACCUGGGUGUCUCGUCCUCUCUUCCCUCUCUGUGCUCCCCCCAGAGUUGUCACCCUGCCAUCCCUCCCCCCCAGCUUCCCCGAUUAGAUGGAAGAGCUGUCAGCACUAAGGAACGAGAGUUGGAAUGUUAAUAAGCUAAAAUGCUUAAAAAGCCUCAGAGUUUAACAACAUGCUUACUUUAGGAUAAUGUUUUUUCUUUUUUCUUUUUAGUUAAAAUCCCUUUGUGUCCUGUCAUCCAAAUGCUUUAGUUGUUAUUGCAUCUAUGCGAGGUAGCCAGAGUUGUUGUUUCUUUCCAAAUCUGCUAGGAUGAUCAUAAUAGUUCCUCCGGUUUCGCCGACAUAACUCAGUGCCUGUCAGUUAUUGUUGGAGCGAAGCGCCGUGACGUUCCGUCUACCGGCAGAGACCAAUCUGUCACCAGCCCUCGGGUCGGACGGAGGGAAGAUUUUCAUAUCUCUGCUUGUGGUUGUAUUUAAAUACAAAAGCAGGAGGAUGAAGACAUAGUGCUUUCCAAACCUUCCUCACGUUUUCUCAUUCUGCAAGCGAAAGACGUUGCAUGCUUGUUGGGAUGUUACGUGAAAGAUUCAGGAUUCUGAAGUUUUUAUUUUUGUGUUCAGGGAAACGGCACGCUGUGUAAGAAACACACAGAGCCUGUG